GGCCGCUGGGUCCCGAGCUCACCUUCUCACCCAAUUCCAGAGGAAUAACUUCAAUAUGCAGCCGCUCGCCUAAAGGAAAUACGGGCACACUCUCCAUCCCUCGAGGGCAGAUACUGGUCCAGCAGGGAGAGCAGAAGCCGUAAACACUGGGCCGGGCUGUGUCACAUCUUGCCCGCCCUCCUUCAAAAAAUACCGAAAAGGAGGCAGAAAGCUGAUGUUCGCCUGACUCCGGGACACAUCCAGAGGUCCUGCCGGUUAAUUGCAGCAGGGCACGCCUCCUCUAUCACGGAGAUACAUCGCCAAUAAACACAGUACAUCAGGCGCGGCGCCUCCAACCCACAGGAGACCUGCUCUUCCCAGCAGCUGCAGAGGGUCUGGAGAAGCCUGAUGUUUGCUUUUGGCACCGAAAUCGAACGCGCUGCGGUGCCCAUCUGCAAGGUCCGGAGAGGAGGAUCUCCAUCCUCUGCCCAGACAGAGUGAACUCCGCCAACGCACUUGCAGCUUCAUCCAGCGGCCACGCCAUACAAAGGAACACGGCCAUCCUCCCAGCGCCUCUCGUCCUCAGCCCCGCCAGCCACAUCUCCGGGCAGCCAUGGGCACCGUUCUCUCUCUGUCGCCCAGCUACAGGAAGGCGGCUCUCUUCGAUGAUGGUUCGGGCACGGUGGGUCAGUACACAGCCGUGCAGAACAGCAAGAAUUCCAAGGACAAGAACCUCAAGCGCCACUCCAUCAUCUCCGUGCUGCCCUGGAAGCGCAUCGUGGCCGUCUCCACAAAGAAGAAGAACUCCAAGAAGGUCAACCCGAACAACUACCAGAACAACGUCACCCACCUCAACAACGAGAACUUGAAAAAGUCACUCUCCUGCGCCAACCUCUCCACCUUCGCCCAGACCCAAGCCCCGGCCCAGCGUAUUAACCAACUGCCCAGCAGCAAGAACACCGUCUCCUCGGUAAAGAAAACGCCCCACGGGACGUCCGGUAGCUCCAGCUCUCCCAAGAGGGUCAUUGUCCAGGCUUCCACCAGUGAGCUGCUGAAGUGCCUGAGCGAGUUCCUCUGCCGCAGAUGCUACCGCCUCAAGCACCUGUCGCCCACCGACCCUGUGCUGUGGCUGCGCAGUGUGGACCGCUCGCUCCUGCUCCAGGGUUGGCAGGAUCAGGGCUUCAUCACGCCGGCUAACGUGGUCUUUGUUUACAUGCUGUGCCGGGACGUGAUUUCCUCGGAGGUAGCCACCGAGCACGAACUGCAAGCCACCCUCCUGACCUGCCUCUAUCUGUCCUACUCCUACAUGGGCAACGAGAUCUCCUACCCGCUCAAACCUUUUCUAGUGGAGAGCUGUAAAGAGGCUUUCUGGGACCGCUGUCUCAGUAUAAUCAACGCCAUGAGUGCGAAAAUGUUGCAGAUUAAUGCGGAUCCUCACUUCUUUACUCAGGUCUUCGCUGAUCUAAAGAACGAGAGCGGCCAGGACGAGCGAAGCAGGAUACUGAUAGGGUUGGACCGGUGAUGGUCUGCCGGCGCUUCCAAGACUCACCGAUACAUCUGCCGAGACAACUCGAUUUACUUGAGUGUGUACCCUUUUUGUUCUUUUGUUCCAUUGGGGUCUAGUACAAAAGAUAUUUAUUCCAUGCUGCUAAAAAUGUUUAGAACAAAUAUCGGCAUGUUUCUCUCUCUCUCUCUCUCGCUCAUUCUCUCUGUCUCUCUCCCUCUCUUUAUUUCUCUCUCUCGCUCUCUGCCUCUCUCUCUCCCUCCCUCCCCCCCCC